CGGCCUCAAAUUGUGGGCCGUCUCAGUUUUCUACCUUCACUGGGCUCCUGUGUGUGACAUGAACAUAGUGUGGAACAGCCCUCUGACAGCACGCAGCCCUGCUUGGAUGGUUUUUGUAGUCUUUUGUAGACUCAUUUCUGAGGCUAAUUUACACCCAGCAUCGUUUCAUUGGAACUCACGAGGAUCCUCAGCCAACCAUGGUUCUAACGGGCUGUUCUCAGUGUAUUAAGUACAUGCUUUUUUUCUUCAAUUUCAUUUUUUGGCUGGCUGGGGGUGUUAUUUUGGGAGUAGCUCUGUGGCUUCGCCAUGAUGCUCAAACCAGCAAUCUCCUGAUGCUUCAGUUAGAGGGGACCCAAGCUCCAGGAACAUUCUACAUCAGUGUUUAUGUCCUGAUAGCUGUUGGAGCUGUGAUGAUGUUUGUUGGAUUUCUUGGUUGCUACGGUGCCAUUCAAGAGUCUCAGUGCCUACUUGGAACAUUUUUCACAUGUUUGGUGAUCUUGUUUGCCUGCGAAGUGGCAGCAGGAAUAUGGGGUUUCAUCAAUAGGGACACGAUCUCCACAGAGCUCAUCGGCUUCUAUGAUGCUGCCUACAUGAAAGCUGUGGAUCCAGUGGACUCAGUCACCAGACAGGCCGCUACUAAAGUUCUGUUGGUCUUCCAUGAAACUCUCGAGUGUUGUGGUAAAGGAGAUGACAACGUGUUAUUCUUGGCUGUUAAAGCCACUCUCUGUCCUAAAGGAGAAGUCGAUCCACUCGUCUCACAGAGUUGCCACACAAAGCUGAGAGACCUGUUUACCGAGAAACUCCAUGUGAUUGGUCUGGCUGCCCUCGUCAUUGCUGUCAUCAUGGUCUUCGAGAUGAUCUUCACCAUGGUACUGUGCUGUGCCGUCCGUAAUGCCGCCCCAGCGUACUGAGGGACAAACUCAUUGUUAGUUUGACUAAUAGCAUUCAAUAUUCAAAGCAUGCAAAGACUCCAGCCAGUUAUGGAAGAGGAAAUGUUCAGUUUCUCUUUUGGGUGUUUCAGAUGUUGAAAUAUGUGUUUUACACUUCAUUUAGACAUCAAGUCAAAUCAGAUAUUUCUUCAUGUACUGUGUAUGUAAAUGAUUUUUUUCUUACAAUCACAGCCUGAUCUUUGCAUUUCAGAAUGAAAAGGAAAAAGGAUUGAUCUGACUUAAGCAUUUUCACAUUUUCUAAUUAGCCCUAGAGUGUACUAGCUUUUAUAAAUACCCAGGAAUACACAUUGUGUCAAAUUUUUUAAUAAUGUAAAGGUUUCUAUAAAGUUAGGUGGUUGACAGUAGUAUGGACUGAAAUUAGUUGUUUCUUUGUGGUUGUUUGCUAAUAUUAUUCAAUUCAAUGUGUUCAAGUGCUUUUCUUUGCAGGAUUACAAUUUCUAAUAACUUUUACGCUUUUCAUCCAUAACUUAUCUCUGUGUUUGUUUUUGUAUACAUGAAAUGUCCCAUUUGUGCAUGUUCUCAGGGCUUUGGGAUGAAAACAUAUUUUCUGAUCGUGUGAAAAGUUCUAAUUGACCACCAACAUAUCAUGCAAGUGGAGCUGUCCCAAUAAAGUUCAGUUGCCAAAUAUGA